UUCCUCUUCGACCCUGAUCACAAUGUCGAACUCUGAAAACUUUCUAGCAAUACGAGUGGAAUUUGGUGGCGGUCUCGAGUUGCUCUUCUCUAAUCAAAGAUCUCAUAAACUCAAAAUACCCGCCAAUAUUUCCAAGAACAGUGUAGGGAAGCCUGCAGAUAUUGACUAUCUGAUUCAUCAUCUACGCGACAACCUAUUAAAAGAGAGAAAAGAGCUGUUCAUGGAGAAAGAUACAGUGAGGCCAGGGAUACUGGUUCUCAUUAAUGACACUGACUGGGAACUGGAGGGAGAAGGAGAUUAUAUCCUGCAGAACAACGAUGAAAUCGUGUUCAUCUCGACGCUGCAUGGUGGUUAGGUGAUCUACUGGUACCGGAGUCGUUCUGGGUUGCUCUCAGUUUGAAAGCCGCUGUGCUACCCUGUAUUUUGCAUAAUUUUGGACAGGAUCUAUUAUCAUGUUUCGUCCCAGCUUUCUUGCUCUGUACGGCAUCGCGAAAUGAAUACUACUCGUCUCCU